UAUGGGUGGGUUUUGGUUUUAAAGCCAUGCUUUCCAGUUACGGCUUGUUUAUAAUUGUAGAAAUAAAACAUCGGCUAACAUAAUUAUUAAUACUCUUAAUGAAAUGAGACUGAAUUGCGUGAUAAAGGAUGACGGGGAAGGAUCUGGAACGUAUUUUAAGCGGCCAGAUUUUGUUUCUUGGUUGCCUCAUUCUUGGAUAUCAUUCCGGCAAUAUGGACUCAGCAUUAGCUCAAAAAUAUUUACAAAUAAUAGCUUCCUUGAUAGCCAAUCUGCUGGCAGGAGAAGGCUUCGAGUUAACCUGUACCACCAUUUGCACUGCAGUUAAGAACAAGAAACUGCCUGUGCCCAAGUUUAAGGAAACAUACAAACUGUCCCUGUAUGUGCUGCUGUUCACUGUACCCAUCACUGUGUACUGUGGACACUCAUUGUUAAAAGAAGAGCAACUGGUGUUUUGGAUGGCUUAUGCUCUAGUAAGAUAUUUAAACAUGAAGUGCCAACCAACUAUAAUAACAUAUGGCGAGGCGCUUGCAUGCAGUUUUGCUGAAGGUUUCCUGUGCCAAGUGAUUCCUCCUGGUGGCGACUACGAGGGAUUGGUGGAAGCUAUAAGGACGGCUGCGAUGGACCGGCGCGCAGCGUUCCCAGUGCGGCGGCUGUUCGUGGUGUUCCCGCGCUCCCUGCACUGCCCGCGCAGCCUCGAAGCCUUCAAUAAGAACGACGAACGCUUGCCGCGUUUGGAACAAUGCACUAGCCUUCCUGAUAUCUCUCGCGACGUCGCUGGCGUGUGUAACCGCGUGUACCGCAAUACUGUGUACAAGAUCCGUCGGCACCCGACCGAUCCGCGGCCCGUGCAUGUGGUGUGCGCCACUCCCAUCAACACGCUGUGGAUGGUGUUACAGAAGCGAGCCGUGUAUACACCUAUGGCGAAGGCGGAUGAGGAAGAGAUCGCAGAGUCGUUUUGCGCCACACUGCCAAGCAUCAUCCACAACGAUCCUGAGUUGCGGGACAAGUGCGACCUGGUGUACUACGAUGACACAAAGCCUGAAGAGAAUUUAGCUGAAAUACUAUUGGCAAAGAUUCAAGAAGUUGAACCAAACUAUGAGAACAUUACCUGGGACCAGUAAAUGUGUAAGCUAGGAAACAACUCUAAGGCUUAUAUUACAAAGUGUUACUUUUUGCUAUCUCGUUAGACAUAGUUAGACUGCUAAACCUACAAAUUUAUAAGUCCAUCAUAAUUAUAAGACAAUUUGUUAAUACUUAUACUAGGCAGUAAAUGUCCUAACUUACGAACUGAUAUCGGUAUACUUUACCUUUAUUAGCUGUAGCUAUAACAGAUACUCAUGUUAGGGCAUUUACUUAGGAAUUAUCAAGGUGAAUCCUAUAGCAUUAGAUAACGCAGACGUUCGGCGUUAAAAAAAACGAGCGGUAGUUUAGGCACUAGUCAACAUAUUGACAAUCAUAAGCAUAUUUUAAGUAUAGGGAAUCGCGUGAAGGUAAAUUUGUAAAUUAACUUAUAGGUGUGACACUGAAGUGAUAGCUUAAAAGUGUUGGUGUAAUUUUUAAAAUUGUAUAAAUGAUUAUACUUACUCAAAAGGCUUAAUUCAUUCACUAAUUUGUCUAUCAGAUGUAGAGUAUUUAAUGGAGAAUAAUAUGCCUCUUAGACUUCAUUGUAGUUUCCUCAGUUUUCAUGAAAAAGCUCUACUUAUUCAUAUGUCAAUGCUAUAUGAAUGCCUUCUACCUUUAAGCCGCGUAUCGACUGCGGGCGGCUGCCGCGCGAGCCAUGUUCGACCGCGCCAAACCUGCGUUUUGGUGCGCGAGCCAAUUUAAAGCUCAACAUUUUCAUAUAGCGCGGCAGCGGCGCGCGGCAGGCGAUCCGUGACCAAACAUUCAUUUAGGUCCGUCCCAAUUGCGCACGCACAACACACUGACGCUCCUUUGCCGCGCCACCAAAAACCGACACGAACUGGUUCGCCGCGCGGCACGUUCGAGCGCGCCAAUGUUCAAGCUGCCGCGCGCGGCAGACCCGUCCCCAUAUUGCGCGGCCGCCGCGCGAGCCAAUGUUCGAUGGUUUGCC